AAAAAUACGAAAAAAAGUAAAAGCUAUUGCAACUUAGGUGUAAUAGUCCUUCGCCAGGUGACGCCAGACACCUUUGCUGCAGUAUAAAUAUCAAUAGUCUUCAAUCAGGUAUUCGACUGCCUGGACUCUGCUGGCAGCCAGCAGACAAGCUAAAAAGAAUCGUUUGUUGUGACCACAACACACGAGACAAACUUGAAAAUUACCACCGAUCAGGAGCCGAUCCCUCACGCCAAAAGUGCCAAAAGUAUGUCGUCGCCAUGGAUCAAGACCCAGGAGCCAGUGCAGACCACGAGUCUAGCUGAUAUCAUGUCGGAGCAGUAUGCACAUCGUUUGCACAACCAGGAGGUAAAGCGGCAUCAGCAAACCCAGAAGAAAACUGAGGUGGAAGCCACAUCCAUCUGGGACGGGGAAGCAGCUUCACCGGGUGCUGCCAACUACUCCGAUGUGGCCGCGAUACCAGCAAAGACCAACAGCGAAACGGAAGAGUGGGAGGACUACUCUUCGCUUCUAGAGGAUUGCGGAGAGGCCGAUUUGCCGUCAGAGAUGCUGGCCCUUCUUCAGGAAGAGGAGAGCGGCAGUGGCGGCGACUCCGAUGCAGUCAUUGCCCAAAUGCUGCAGUCCCAAUUCGAUCACGAGUACAACGAGGAGCUGCGCCGCAUCGAACAGAAGCAGAACAAGCAGUCCAAAGUGACUGUAACACUGGACAAAUUCCGACGCAGCGGUGAUGCCGAGUUCCUGCACGACACCGAGGAGGACGACUACGAGGAGGAUGAGCUGGAGCGGCUAAAGCACGACUGGGACCGUUUCGAGACCAACGAAAAGAGGCUGGAGUCCAUACCUAGGUGUGGCUUCAAAAUGAGCAAGGAGGGCGAAAUGAUCACUAAGCAUGAUCCACAGUUGUGCGCCGUCCGCAAUGCCCAGCGCGUGAUGUCUUUUCCCCCAGAAUUUCCCACUGGCGAUGGAGCUGGCUUCGACAUGAAGUUGUCCAACAAGGUGUUCAAUCAGUUGAAGGCCUAUUCCCGUCGUGGCCGUUCCGAUCGUCACGAGAAAGUGGCCACUGCCGAAAUGGGCCUGGAUGCCAGCACUCGUCUACUGUUGUACAAGCUGAUCAACAAUCAAGUGCUCGAACAGAUCAACGGCAUCAUCUCCACGGGCAAGGAGGCGGUGAUCCUGCACGCCAACUCCGAUUCCAGCUACACGGGAAGCAAUGAGCAUGGCCAUCAAAGCGGUGUGCUGAUGCCGCCCAACCUCCUACCCAAGGAGUGUGCCAUCAAGAUCUUUAAGACCACGCUGAACGAGUUCAAGCAAAGGGAUCGGUACAUCAAAGACGACUAUCGCUUUAAGGAUCGAUUCAGUAAGCAAAAUCACCGCGUCAUCAUCAACAUGUGGGCGGAGAAGGAGAUGCACAAUCUGAUGCGCAUGCAGAACAUUGGCCUCAACGUGCCCGACGUGGUGGUCCUGAAGAAGCAUGUUCUGGUCAUGCGCUUCAUUGGUGACAAUCACAAUGCUGCGCCCAAGCUGAAGGAUGCCCGCCUGAGCUCUGCCGAGCUGAGCUGCGCCUAUGAGGAGAUUGUGGCGGCUAUGCACAAGAUGUACAACGAGGCCAAGCUGGUCCAUGCUGAUCUCAGCGAGUACAAUAUUCUCUGGUUCGAGGGAAAAUGUUGGUUCAUCGACGUGGCCCAGAGUGUGGAGCCAAAGCACCCAAGUGCCCUGGAGUUUCUCAUGCGGGACUGCGGCAAUAUUGUGAACUUCUUUGAGAGACGCGGACUGCCUAACAUCUACACCAAAGAGCAGCUAUUCGAAUACAUCACCAAUCUCAAUGCCGAGACUCACAAUGCCGCCAUGCUGGAGAGGAUUCAUACACGAGGCGCCUCUAUCAACGAGGCCACUGCACCCAAUCAGCAGGAGUGUCCCGAUGAACUAAAGCCUCUCGAGUAUCCCUUCGAGCUGGCCUGGGAGAAAUCGCAGCGGGAUCGCGAGGCGAGCAAAGCCCUCAAGCAAAGUCUGGACACUAAUGAAAACGAUAAGGACGAUGAUCACGAUAGCGAUAGCGAUGACGAUGAAAACAAGGAUAAGGACAAUAACACUACUGCCACACGUUGAAACGCCAGUGCUCCCUUGACAAUUGAAACUCUUUAGUUCGUAUUUUCUAGUUGAUAUUAAACGUUUGGAAACGCUAAUGGAAUUUGAAAAUUCCAAAAAAUAUAAAAUAUGAUUAUUGUAGUCGAGUGGCUCGACUAUAAGUACACCACCAACCAAA